UCGAAAUUGAAGAUAGUUACAGUCGUAAAAUUCGCUGCAUCGAGGGCGAAACUGUAGUCACGUAAAGUUCGUGCACAGAUAUUCGUGUAUUAAUUAUUUUUUGUUGUUUCUGACCACGUUACGUUACCCGAAGGAUUAUCAAUUCGAAAGUUUCCACUGUAGUAAAGCAAUAACAUGCGCAUGUAUACAAAGGUACUUCUUAAAUCGAACAUUCCGUCUUUUAUUUUCUGCUGAGGUCACAUCACCUUUCCUCUCUAAAAUUAAUAACCUAUCAUCCUUUGUACCCAAACGUAAUGUCGAUGGUAAUCCGAUUAUGAAAUUGCCCUCGGGGCAUCUUUGCGACUAACAAUGAGUCGUUUUCGCAACUGCCGGGCACGAGAGCACUAUGUUACGAUUGAAUUUAUUCUGCUCAAAGCUGAAAUUUGCAAAAAUUAAAUAAGAAAUUCAGCAUCGGUUGUGGCGACGUGCUUUAAUUAUUCGACGUUCAUUUGAAUAUAUGAUUUUUUGACGUGGUAUUUAUUAAGUAGAAGUAAAAUCGAAAUAUAAUCACGAACAAUUUCCUCGCUCAAUUAUUACGUUACAUAAGUUUUGGAAAAUUCAUAGGUACCACGGUCAUUCGUUCUCAAAUAAAUGAAAGUGAAAAUGAACGCCCGUCAUUAGACCCAUAAAUUUUUCACAUCUCAUACGAACUUCACGGUGCCGCAGUGGAGGAAAAAAUACAUGAAUAUGAAUUAUCGUGCGUUCAGAACAGUUUGGCGUAAGUAUAAAUCACGUAAGGAUUUCCGAUCUUACGGAGGAAGAAGGUGGGGGCGGAGGGUCAGGUCCAUAAUGCGGAGGAUGUGGGGAUUGCUGACUGAGAAGUCUGUGACCCACUGGCAUUCUCUCCAGUCGCGCGGCAGACUCAAACGUUGAAAAUCAGUAGCAGUUCGGUGCCUUUUGCACUGCAGUUUUCGUCUGCAUCCGCAACAUUGUGUACGUCGAUUGAUUACAGUAUCCCGAGUCAUGUAAACGAGUAAACGAGUGAUCAAGAGUAAGAAUAAAUUUCCGAGGAUGCGUCGCUCCAACACUAAUUUGCUAACGAGCCUGAUUGCUUGUCUCACCGUGGCUUUCAUUGUAUUUAAUAAGGCAAUUAUGCAGCCGGAACACUUAUCUUCAAAGGUUAGCCUCCCGAUGACGACAGAUGCCGACAGAUACUCGUCAAGCCUGCAGAUCAAUAAUUCGAGGAGGGAUUAUUCUCAAGCACAUCGACACGUGACCCCGUCUUUAGCCGAGCUGGGAGGUCGUCGAAGUAUCCCAGAAAUGAGUGAGAACACGCUGAUGUUAACGCGGAUUUUAGGUGCUGGAUCGGAACUUUUGGUUCUCAUUUUGCAACGACUUCAAGGACGAAACGCUUUUAAGCACAUCAGGCUGCCUUCCGGGGACGAUAAUCUCCUCACUACGCUUCAGCAGGAGCUUCUCGUCGAAGAUAUCACCACCAUCAUCAGGCAAGAGGCUGUUCCGUUGACCUUUGACGCUGACGUCAGAUUCCUCAACUUCUCGGCCUUCGGACGGCAGGCUCCGACUUAUAUCUCCAUGGUCAGGGACCCACUCGACCCUAAAGUACUGCGAAGAUUUCAGAAGGAUGACGCUGCUGAGUUAAGAUAUUGCGGAGCAAUCGCCCAUUUUUGUGGACAGGAUCCACGAUGCACAAGCGAAAAUCGCACAUGGGCAAUGGCCGAAGCUCAAGCCAAUGUUGAACGGUGGUAUCCUGUCGUUGGACUGCUCGAGUAUAUCGGACCUACGCUGAAAACUCUUGAACGUAGCUUCUCCUACUUCUUCAAGGGAGCCACGGAUGUUUAUUCAGAAUUGCAGGUAAAAAGAAAGACUGACGUACCGUGGAAAUCGAAAAUACAGGCUGCAUUGGAGGGGAAACUUCUGAUCGGACCACUGGCAAAGGAAGUUGAAUUUUAUCUGUGGCUGAAAUCGCGGCUGCUUUGUCCGAAAUGCGGCAAUGGUUGAAGUCGUUUUGAAGAAAUCCAGGUUUAUUUAGAAGAUUGAAAAAAGACGUAAAUGAUUGUGCCGAAAAAGCAGUGGAAGAAUUCAAUCGAUCGGUGUGAAAUGACUCGAAACUGGAAAGUUUGUGUUUGAAAGGAGUGUAGGGUCAUAGAAGAGUGGAGAGGAGAUAACAUUCCUUAGUUUCGUCACAGCCACGAUACGAUGAUCAUUAUUUAGAUUAAUGAAAACGACUGAGGUGACGGCCAAUGAAUUUCCAACACUGCAUAAACGCACCAUUCGAUGAAACUCGGGUUUCAUUGGAUCCCGUUGUCAUAAGGUUAGAAAAAGUAUAUCUGAUCGUCGGUUCCAGCUCGACAAAUAUUAUGAGACUGAAUGCGCUUGUAGCUCAUCUUUCACUUUCACGUAUAUCUACAAGAUGCGCAUAACUCAUUUAUAACGACUAAAUGCUGUGUAACCCCAAAUGCUCGUGAGUUUUGUGAUAUUUUUUAUGUAAAAUAAAAGGUUCUGAAAACAAA